AUGGAGAUAGCGCGAUGGUGGUCCAUUGUGGAGCGGCGCCCCGCGGCUCGCGGCUACUACUUGGCGCAGGCACAGUACAUUGUAACAACACUGUUUCAUAUAUUUAUAACUACUGAUUUUAUUGCCGCUUCGAUGACCAGUCUAGAGACGACAUUUAAACAAGAUCCGAAAUUGGCAGCGGCUAUAAAUAACCUUUGUAGGAGUCAAGCUACACAGAUCGAUAUUACUGAAACAGUAACAUUACCGGAGCGCAAACUGCGAUUUAAUGAGGUGCAAGAUCUUUUAAAACAGUCUUCUAGAACAAACGCUCCAAUUAUAAUAAAUGACUCUAGAAAAUUAGCCAUCAAAAAGAUUGAGGAUAUUCUUAGCGACAUCAAUAAGAGCGCAGAAAACGGAAGUACUCCAAAACUAAUUAUAAGAAAUCAGAAGUUGUGGAGCAAUUGCAUUUACGACUUAGAUCGCGUAACAUUGAAAUCUUUCAAUCAAGCCAAAAAGACGAUACUGACUUAUUCACGUGCUGAAGACAAAACGAGAUUUAACACGAUCGUGUUUGUAUUGACAAAAGUACAUGAAUUACUUUCAAAGAACAUGAGUGUUACUAGGAGAGAGCUUUUUUAUCAAAAUGUAGCAAGAUUAAGGAAUCAAGCCAACUUAGAUGUAGCAGUGAGGGACGUUUGUUGUUUACUUGAAACACCACCUUGGAGUCUUGGUAUUAUGGCAACAUCUAAAGGACUGAUCGCAGGUCCCCUCAAAUUGCACUAUAGAAAUGGGGGCGUGGUUGACUGUAUGGCGUCAGGAGGUGUCUUGAUACCACAAGAUAUAACUGGUAUAGUAGAAUUCCAGACUACUGCUAAAUAUAUAUUAGUGGUAGAGAAAGACGCUAUCUUCCAGAAACUUCUAGAUGAAGGCGCUUUAGUUAGGCUACGACCUGUCAUAAUUAUCACCGGAAAGGGUUAUCCAGAUGUGUCCACGAGACAACUGCUGUGUCGCUUAUGUACAGAGAUAAGACUGCGAGCGUUAGCGCUUGUGGAUGCUGAUCCGCACGGAUACGAGAUCUUCCUCACGUAUAAAUAUGGAUCUUUGGCGCAAUCGCACCUGUCCGCGUCAUUGGCAUGCACCUCCCUUGUAUUGCUAGGAGCACGACACAGUGAUAUAAUGACAUUGGCGCCAAAUGAAACGCGUUUAACUCUCACAGAACGGGAUAUACGGAAACUGCAAUCCUUGAUCAAGAGACCAUAUUUGGAUACGUCUGUUGGUGUCAAAAUCAAAGAUGAGUUAGAAAUAAUGCUAUCUAGUGGUAUAAAAGCCGAAAUAGAAGCUCUGGCUCCCACGGCCGCUGCUCUUUGUGAUGCGUAUAUCCCGUCAAAAAUAAUCAAGGAUUGCUAUUUAGGAUGA